UAUAGAUAAGAAAUGUAGGACACUUUCUGCUCAAAACAUACACUCCUUUACUACUGUGGUGUUUGCUUGGUAAUAAUUAAAGUGAUAUACAACUACCAGUAUAGAUAUUGUGUUCAGCACAGGAAACUGGCAUUGGAUUAUUUGUUACAGGUAUACCCUGCUGCUGCUGCUGUUGUUGCUGUCUGGCGCUGUUCGGGUGGUGGAAGGUUGCCCAGGGAACUGUUUCUGUAUACCAGACACCAGAAGUGUUAACUGCACUAGGUUGCCAAAUGUAGAAUCCAUGGCAAUGUCGAUUCCAAGUUACACUCUAACCCUUGAUAUACACAAUGGGGAAUUCAGUGAAUUCAGAACAACUGAUUUUUCUCAAAUCAGUGCAAAAACAUUAAAAAAGUUAAAGGUGACCUCUAGCAAACUGAAGAAAAUCGGCGACAGAUCCUUAUCAGUGUUUGCAGAUUUAGAGAUUCUAGAACUGAGUCACAAUGAAAUUGAAGACUUGCAUCCAAAUGCAUUUGCUAAUCUACGCAUGUUACGUGUGUUGGAUUUAUCACACAACCAAAUUAUGUACCUUGCUAGUCCAGACAUUCUCAGACCACUUGUCAGUGUUGUAGAGGUCAAUUUAGGCUUUAACAAAAUUGUUGACUUUCCGAGCGGAUUUUUUGCUUCGCAGACCAAUCUCUUAGAGUUAAACAUUCAAAACAAUGGUAUUGCUAACUUAAAAGGAUCCUCAUUUCAAGGUGUUCGUAAUUUACGCAAACUUCUUUCUAAUUCGUGUAAUAUUCAAACAAUGGAAAAUGACUUAUUCAAAUCAAUAAGCAAUGUUGAGACAGUGGACUUGUCCUUCAACCUUUUGCACUACUUGCCCAUGAAAGGGGAAUUCUCCCAGCUUAUAAACCUCAAACAUCUGUUCCUACAAAACAACAACAUAGAAACCCUUGCAGAUAACCAAUUUCAGGGCUUGUAUCUAGAGUCAUUGGAUCUGUCUCACAAUGCCAUCAGUACAAUAUCCAACAAUACAUUCAAGCACAUGAAACAUCUUUCUCAUCUGGACCUAUCCUUCAACAGACUUAACUCACUGCCCUCCUUGACGUUCCAACCCAUCUCUGACAGCCUGUCGAGCCUGAAACUGAACAGCAACCCUGGUCUGGGGUCACUGAGUGCCACACUGUUUGAGGGCCUCACGUCCCUCCGGGACCUCAACAUCUCCUCCUGUGGCCUGCACACACUGCACCACAACCUCUUCAUGUUCCUAGGCAGCCUCCAACACAUCGACCUCUCAGCCAACGAGCUCACUACCUUGCCUGCAGCAUUCUACGACCUCACCAUUGCCAAUGAAAUGAAGUUUGUUAGACUCGACGGUAACCAGUGGUACUGUGAUUGCAGAAUAAGGGACUUUCGUGAGUGGUUACGGAAUCCUAUAACACCUCAUUUGUUAUUCUGUCAGGAUGUCAACCAGAUAUUGUUUAGGAUAAGCUGUCAGAUGCCUAAAUGCUCAACUCCAUCACGCUUAGAAAACUACAAUAUUGCCAUGUUGACUGACGAUGUGCUGGACAAGUGCAAUCACUUUAUGGCCAAUUCUGGGUCAGGCAGCCUAAAUGUAGUGAUAGGUGCAAUUAUUGGUGUCAUAGUGGUAGUUAUUGUAAUAAUUGUAGUGGUUAUAGUGUGUCUGUGGUAUAGACGAAAGCAAAAGAAACACUUCCAUGGAGUUAACAAUGAUGAUGAAAUGCAGCUAAACCAAUCUAACAAUAUAGUGAAACAGCAGAAACAAACUAACCAUGAAAAGAAAAUUACAAAAACAAAACACUUUGUUGAAAAGAAAGAAAAGCGCAAACAAAUUGAUCCAGAAAUUGGGUCACUCAAUGAGUCUGACAAGGAUUUCAUAGUUCGUAACUAUUUUCACUCUAUGAGUCCUGGAGAAGAUGCGGACUCGGACUGUACCCAGUCUAUGACACGCAUGGACUCUGUGAAGAGCCUCUCCCAGUCUGGUUAUGACUAUAACUCACGCAGGGCUUCACUUAGCUCAAGUCAGUACAGUGCUAAUAUGGGAUGCAAGUUUGAAUCAGCCGUUUGAUAUUGCAAACUUAACAAUAUUAGCACAUGUGCACAAGUCUCAAACUAAUUUGGAAUGUAAGCAUGGCCAUGAAAAUGAAACAGAACAUAUAAAUGCAGUACUGGUAUAUAUAAUGUAAAUUUGUUUCAAUUAGUAUUAUACAACUGCUACAUGGCUUGGCUUUAAACAAGCAUUCCCAUAAAAUGCAGUAUAUAAUAUAAAUUGUAUAUGAUAUCAAUUGAUUUGAAAAUAGUAUUAUACAACUGCUAAAUUGCUUUGGUUUGAACAAGUGUGUAGUAAGUUAAAGAGUAAUUCAUUUACAUGGUAUACUGAAUUGAAAGUAUGUGCCUUUAUAGCAUCACUAUUUAACAAAAAGUCCAAGCUAUACAUGUCACCCAACGUGGGCAUUAGUCUUGUCAUAAGUGUUGGCAUCUGGGUAAAACUAGUGCUCUGGCUAAGGUAAACAUGCAACAUCUUUAUUUCAGUGCUUCUAUUACAGGUAUUCAGUUGAAACUUAAUGUGGCCAGGGUUACAGUGAACAUGCAACAUGUCCAUGUCACUGUUUUUCCAUCCUAACUUAAACAAUACCUAUCUCCUGGUGUUGCAUUUGGUGACAGUUGGGUCUAAGUCAAGGUAUAUUUAGCUAAAAAUAGAUCAAGUUUGCACUCAAUAACUUCAGUCAGGAUGGAGAAAUUGUGCCGGAACUUAAUGUGAAAGGUUACAGGCUGAUCUAGUGAGUGAUUGCAUUUGGGACUAGUGAGGCCAAGGUCCCUGUUACUUAAAAUAGAACGUGUUUCGCUUCAAUAACUUUAGUUUGGAUGAAGGUUUUGUGCUGCAAUAUUUGUUUGUAGUCAACUCACAUGCAGAUCUAGGAUGGGAUCACAAUUUAAGCUUGUUUGGUCAAGGUGAAUUUUACUUUAAAUAGACAAAUGGUUUUCUUUCAAUAACUAGAGUUAAGAUGGAGGUAUUGUGCGACAAUUUCAGUGUAGAUCACUUAUAUGCAGACCAUGCUUUUAAUUCGACUACAGUAGGUAAAAAGUUGAAAAUCUAGUUUCUUGGCACCGUUAAUUUUCAUCUUUACAUUUAUAUAUACCAUGUAACUACUACAAGUAUUAAACUUGAUAUACAUGUUUGUUUUUAUUAUAUCAGGUUACAUGAUACUAUCAAAGCAUAAAAUAGUUGAGCGAGCAGUUUUGGGAAAGCACUUGUUACAAUAUGAAUGUAAAUAUUUUAAGAACCAAAAACAAAUUAAAAAUAUCCAUACUGCAUAGCGCUUCAUAUUGGCAGUGUUUUUUUUAACAUUUGAGAAACAUUCCUGAGGCCUUUAAAUUGGGAAAAAUUGAAUCUUUUUACUAAAAUAAGGAAAUUGUGUUUUUCUUUUUGCUUACAAAUACCAUAAAAAUUGAGGAUACAAAUAUGUUAACAUCAUAUUUGUUAAGGUUAAACUCAAAGAGCUCAAAGAUAGAUGGACAGAAUGUUGUGAUUUAUAUAUUUAUAAAAAAUGAAAUAAAAAUUAAUGGGAACAUUUAAAUGGGGAAUUUUAGGCAAUCAUUUGGGGGAAAAAACAUUUGAACCAAAAAACAAUGGUUUGAGCAUUGCUAUAGCAUUUCCAUUUAAAUACAAUAAUAAUUUAUAAUGGUUAUCACAAAUAACAAAUAAGUUGAUAAUCACUACUAAGUACCACUGAUAAAAAUCUUGAAUGUUUACAUUGUUACUAAGAUGCCAUGUAAAUUAUCAAACAGUAUUACUUGAUAGUGUAUUAUGUAUAUUUCUAACACUACUAGCCGCUUGUUUUCAAGACAAAGUAGGAAAUCAAGAAUGGGUUAUUAUGCAAUUAUUUAUGGCCAGAGCCUGAUGUAUUGUAAAUAUUUCUGAAGAAUUCCAGGAAAUUGAACAGUAAAAUGCACACGCUAAAACACAUCAUGUCAACUCGUUAUAAACAUACCCCUCGUGUUCAAUGCUAUGUGCUUUCAGGCUGUGAUUUGAUUACAUCCUAAAAUAUCAAAUAGAGAGAUUUCAUCUUUCUCAGGUCUAUGAGGCCUUAUUUUACAGAAUUAUUUUAUAUUGCUUGGACCAGAAUAAUCAGUCGAAGGUAUUUUCUUCACAAACUAUGGGCAUCAAUGUUUGUCAAACGAAGUUUAUUGUUACGCUUAAUUUUGUAAGUUACUUACAUUGAAAAGUGAUAAGUGGACAGAUUCUUUAAUAAGUACUUAUACAUAUAAUAACAAUAUAUUUAUAAAUUACAGUAUGACCAAACCGACCAGGUCUAAAGAAAUGUAUAUUUUUCUUAUAUCUAUUUUGCAAAAGAUUUAAUUCGGAACUCGCGCGCUGUGGGUUUUUCCGAUUUCUGAGCGCGCGCGGGAGGUAAAAACAUUGUCAUUAAUACAGUAAUGACCAGUAACAUCGAUAACCGACUUGCUUCCCAGCCAAUAGCGGAUAAUAAGUAUUUAAACGACAGAAGUGUUUCUUUUAGGAAAUGUCAAAAUUCAAGUCUUUUGUUGUUAUUACUAUUACUAUUAUUAUUAAUAAUUACACAUAACAAAUUUAACACUGAUAUACACGUAUGUCAGACGUUUAAUACAGGAUUAAAGUCUAAAUACACCAUUCAGAUGUACAGCCGACUAUACGAAUGGGUCCAGUAGCUAACAUCAGUAAAAGACAUGAAAAACAGACUUUGCCAGCUGUAUGGUAAUGAAGGAACCACAAACCGCUUGACAUAUGCAAUAUUUCUUCUGAAAAUCAUAAUUCAUGUUUUUUCGGCAUGCUUUAUAGAUAUAGCAAAUAAAAGUAAUGUAUGGUAAAGCUUGUUAUUGAUGUGUCUCCUAAUCUUAAGGUCUUAGUCUUUCAUUUUCUUUACUUUUUAGAUUAAAUUAAAGAAAAGCAUCAAAAUAGAGCUAUAUCAAUAAACAUAUAAAUAUUCAACUGAUAUUAGGUCUAGUACUACGAAUGGACUGAGGAUAGUAAGGUUUUGUUGUUUCGUACUUGUCUGUAUGAUUUUUAAUAUAUUUCAAAAGUAUAAUAUAUAUACGAUGGGGUCAAUGUCUUGAUAGUUUCGUUGACAAACUUCCAUUUAAACUGUAUGCCCAGGCCUACGCACAGUAUAUGCAAUGAAUAGUUACGUGAUCGAAGCUGUUUACAUGUACAUGCAGCAUUAUAUCGUGUUACAUAGUAUUCUUACAAAUUAAACACGAUCGAGAUUAGUUCAUCUAAAGAACAAGA